AUGGCCGCGGCCACGGGCGAGGCGGGAGGCCCCGAGGAGGAGCGCUGGCGCGUGGGCCCGAAGGAGGAGUUCGUCAAAGUCCGCAAGAAGGACCUGGAGCGCCUGACCACGGAGGUGAUGCAGAUCCGCGACUUCCUGCCCAGGAUCCUCAACGGCGACGUGCUGGAGAGCUUCCAGAAGCUCAAGCUCGCGCAGCAGAAUCUGGAAAGGAAAGACCAAGAGCUAGAGCAGCUGAGAAUGGACUGCGAGCACUUUAAAGCCCGGCUGGAGAGUGUGCAGGCUGACAGCGCGCGGGAGAGGAAGGAGAAGCUGGCUGUCCGACAGCAGCUGGAUGAAGCCAAGCAGCAGCUCCUGCAGCAGGCUGAGUACUGCACGGAGAUGGGCGCCGCAGCCUGCACCCUCCUGUGGGGCGUCUCCGGCAGCGCGGAGGUCGUCCAGGCCAUCCUGGGAGGAGAAAAAGCGCUCAAGUUUUUCACCAUCACUGGGCAGACAAUGGAGAGUUUUGUGAAAUCCCUGGACGGGGAUGUCAAGGAGCUGGAUUCCGAUGAAAGCCAGUUUGUUUUUGCUUUGGCCGGAAUUGUGACAAACAUCGCAGCCGUUGCAUGUGGACGGGAAUUCCUGGUCAGCUCCAGCCGGGUGCUGUUGGACACCAUCCUGCAGCUGCUGGGAGACCUGAAGCCGGGACAGUGCACCAGACUCAAAGUGUUAAUGCUGAUGGCGCUGUACAACGUGAGCAUCAAUGUGAAAGGCUUGAAGUACAUCAGCGAGAGCCCAGGGUUCAUCCCCUUGCUGUGGUGGCUUUUGAGUGAUCCUGACGCCGAGGUGUGCCUUCAUGCCCUGCGGCUCGUCCAGUCUGUGCUUCUGGAGCCUGAGGUCUUCUCCAAAGCAGCUCCCGAGCUCCGGAGCUCCCUGCCCCUGCAGCGCAUCCUGGCCAUGAGCAAGAGCCGUAACAGCCACCUGCAGGCGGCCGCCCGGGAACUCCUAGAGGACCUCCGUGCCCUGGAGCAGGAUGCAUAGCUGUGCCCUGCCCAGGGCUUGCCGGAGGCCGUCACUCUAUCCGCCUCCGGUAUUAUGACCACGUGUUGCAGGUGGCAAAUCACAGUUGACUGGAGAUGGACAUGAACUGAUAGGUACACUGCGCCGCUCCCUGUGGGAGUGACUGUGCUGCCCAGGGAGACCAGCACAGGGCCCACCCCCGAAUAUAGGCUGUGUCCACCUGCUGGACGGGCCGUGCCGCUCCUGCCUGCAGGUCGGCUUGCCCGGAGCAGCUGCCUGUACCUGAUGCAUCCCGGCACCACGGGAGUGCACACGGCCGGCGUUCCCCAAGAUUCAGUUCCUACACACAGUUCAUUCAGUUCAUUUUCUCUCUAGUGGGCAUAGUGAGCCCCCAGCACAUCCAACCACCCAUGGGACCUUCUGUUUACCAGCCGCUUUAGGUGGCCUUGGG